AUGGGACAUGAGGAGCAUGGAGGGACUUGGCACAUGGAAGCAGCUCAACUGGAUACGCAAAGGAAGAAGGGAGAAGCCAUCUUGAAGACCAGCUCGACCGUCUACUCGACCAACCGGUCGAGUUCCUCAACUCGACCGGCCAAGCUUCAACUCGAUCGAGCUGAGAAGUCAAAGUCAAACCCGAAAAAUGUUGCUUCCCCCUUGACUUCCUUUGACCCUAAACCUAAUCCUCUUGCGACUCCCCACACGAAAGUGAUGGCAUUCGCUGGAAAAGAUCCACUAAGAGCUCCAAUAUCUCUUGCUCUAGACAUAGAGGUCUAA